AUGGUGUUACGACUACAGCAAUAUGAUUUUGUUGUGAUAUACAGACCUGGGGCGAAUAAUCCAGCAGAUUAUUUGUCACGUCAUCCAUCGAAAGCAGAGAAUAACCGUGAUCUGAAAAUUGCAGAAGAAUUUCUGAACUAUGUGUGUGAAAGUGCUUGUCCAAAAGCGAUCACACUAAAAGAAAUAGAAGAAGAGACUUUCAAUGACCCUAUGAUGCAAAAUGUGAAAAAAUGCAUUGUUUCUGGAAAAUGGCAAGAUUAUCGAAACUGUGAAGAAAUGCGAAAUUUUGAAAGUUUAUCUAGUGAAUUGAGCAUAACUGAACAAGGCAUAAUUCUUCGUGGACAUCGUAUAGUAGUUCCUGUGAAGAUGAGAAAGCAAAUGGUCUCCAUAGCACAUGAGGGACAUCAAGGAGUUGCUAAAACAAAAGCAUUGAUUAGAGCAAAGUUGUGGUUUCCUAAUAUUGACUCAAUGGUGGAAAACUACAUAAAAAAUUGCCCAGCUUGUGCCGCUGUUACAAAAGAUGAAAGAUUCCAACCUUUACGAAUGAGUGAAUUGCCAAGAGCUGUUUGGAAAUCUCUUAGUGCUGAUUUCUGUGGACCGUAUCCUAGUGGUGAUUAUCUCUUGGUAGUCAUUGACAACUACUCAAGAUUUCCUGUAGUUGAACUCGUAAAAUCGACAUCAGCUCGUAGCGUGAUUCCAAUCUUUGACAAAAUAUUUGCUACACAUGGAUUUUGUGAAGUGCUCAAGACAGAUAAUGGAACACCGUUUCAAAGUCACGAAUUUAAAAGAUUCAUGGACUACUGUGGAAUUCAUCAUCAGAAAAUAACUCCGUUAUGGCCAAGAGGAAAUGCCCAAGCUGAAAAUUUCAUGAAACCACUAAAUAAAGCAAUCAAAACUGCUACAGUUGAAGGAAAAUCAUGGAAACAAGAAUUGUAUAAAUUUCUAAGAAAUUACAGAGCGACUCCACAUGUAACAACACAUAAAGCUCCUGCUGAACUGCUUUAUGGAAGAAAUAUUAAAGUUUUAUUUCCUGAAGUAAUAAAAGUUGCAGAUGAUAAAGAAUUGCGAGAAUGUGAUUCGAAACAGAAAACCAUACAGAAAAGGUAUGCUGAUAAGAGACUUUGCACACGACCUGCUUCUCAACUGCAUAUUGGUGACAUGGUGUUGGUUCGACAAAGAAGAUAUAACAAGUUAACUCCAGCAUAUAACCCAGAGCCCAUGACUGUUGUUGCUGUGAAGGGAAGUAUGGUUACUGCAAGAAGUCCUGGUUUGGGUAACAAAACCAGAAAUAUAUCUCAGUUUAAAAAGGUGAAUGAUCGACAAUUUCAGACUCAUGUUCCUGAAAUAUCAGAUGAAAUGGAAGUGGCUGCUGAUAUAAUUCCUGAGGCAUCAAAUGAAUCUGAUUCUCCAGCUGAUGAGCAGAUUUCAUCUAGUUUCUCAAAUGAUCAACCUCAUAACGAGAUAGUGGCUCAUCGCAAAUCAAAGCGUUCAAUCAAACUGCCUAAACGCUUCAGAGAUUAUAAAUUGUAUAAAUGA